UUUUAAGUUAGUGAGUAAAAAAAGUGCGGCUGCAUAAAGGCAGUGGGCAUCGCCAUCAGCGAUCUUUCCAGUCGCAUGGUGAAGUUAGGAACGGAUCAUGUCUAGCGAUUCUGCUGAUUUUAACAGCUCAAAAGACCAUGGGGGGCCAGAUGGAAUGGAGCCUGAUGGUGUUAUCGAGAGUAACUGGAAUGAGAUUACAGACAACUUUGAUGAUAUGAGCCUGAAGGAGACUCUUCUCCGGGGGAUAUAUGCAUAUGGUUUUGAAAAGCCAUCUGCCAUUCAACAAAGGGCAAUCAUACCUUGCAUCAAAGGCUAUGAUGUCAUUGCCCAGGCUCAGUCGGGCACUGGCAAGACGGCCACGUUUGCCAUCUCUAUCUUGCAGCAACUGGACAUAGAGGUGAAGGAGACUCAGGCUCUGGUGUUGGCUCCCACCAGAGAGCUGGCUCAGCAGAUCCAGAAGGUCAUUCUGGCUCUGGGUGACUACAUGGGGGCAGCAUGCCAUGCCUGCAUUGGAGGGACUGAUCUCCGUGCUGAAAUAACAAAGCUCCAGGCUGAGGCCCCUCACAUUGUGGUGGGCACACCAGGACGUGUGUAUGACAUGCUUAGCAGGGGACAUCUGUCUGCAAAAUGUAUCAAGAUGUUUGUUCUGGAUGAAGCUGAUGAGAUGUUGAGUCGAGGGUUCAAAGAUCAAAUCUAUGAGAUCUUCCAGAAGCAGAGCACAAACAUUCAAGUGGUCCUACUCUCUGCCACCAUGCCAGCAGAGGUGUUGGAGGUGACUAAGAAGUUUAUGCGAGAACCCAUUCGCAUCUUGGUGAAGAAAGAAGAGCUUACCCUCGAGGGUAUCAAGCAAUUCUACAUAAAUGUGGAGAGAGAGGAGUGGAAGCUGGACACCUUGUGUGAUCUGUAUGAAACACUGACUAUCACACAGGCUGUUAUUUUCCUCAACACCAGGAGAAAAGUCGACUGGUUGACUGAGAAGAUGCAUGCUAGAGACUUCACCGUCUCUGCUCUGCAUGGUGAUAUGGACCAGAAGGAGCGUGAUGUGAUUAUGAGAGAGUUUAGGUCUGGCUCAAGCAGAGUGUUGAUUACUACUGAUCUUCUGGCUCGUGGAAUCGAUGUCCAGCAGGUUUCCCUGGUCAUUAAUUAUGACCUUCCUACAAACCGAGAGAACUACAUUCAUAGAAUUGGUCGUGGUGGCCGUUUUGGAAGAAAAGGAGUUGCUAUCAACUUCGUCACUGAGGAGGACAAGAGGAUUCUUCGGGAUAUCGAGACAUUUUACAAUACUACCGUGGAGGAGAUGCCCAUGAAUGUGGCAGACCUGAUUUGAGCCCUGAGGUUAUUCUUUUCUUUCUUUUUUUUUAAACGCAGUGAUAGCGAUCGUCCACUUGCAUUGUUCUUAUAAUAUUCGAAGGGGG